AACCAUCAAAAUAUCAAACUAAUUUAUAAGAAAGAAAAGAUGGUUGCAAAUUAUUCAUUGUACUCUCUUCCUGCGACGGUAUUAGUUGCUUACUAUCCAUAUUUUUAUAAAAGUUUUCUUGUUACAAAACAAACAGGUAAUUGGAAUAAUAUUAACCCAAGAGAAAAUGUUAAUAAAGCAGAAAGACAAAUGACCCAAGAGGCAUGGCGUAAAGCUAAACGUUGUGAAGCUGCUCAUCAAAAUGGUUUGGAAACUUUUCCAAUUUUUGCUACUGCUGUGAUUGCUGCUAAUGUGACUGGUGUACCCACACUCUAUCUCAACGCAUUAUCAACUUCUUAUGUUGUAUCUCGAAUUAUUUAUAAUUCUAUUUAUAUUAAUAAUGAAUCAGCUAAAGUAGCCAAUUUUCGUAGUUUGGUUUGGGCAGCUUCUAUGGGAAUAUCCUUUUCUUUAUAUAUACUUGCCGCAAAGAGAAGUUCAAAACGUUAAUCAAUUUUUUGUGCGGGAGAGUUUUAUUUGUGACUUUAGGAUUAUACUUUUAUAAUAAUAAAUUGUACAAUAAUACCAAGCCUGUGGUAUUUAUUUAUUGUGAAAUAACUUUCUUAUUCCAGCAUUAUUUGAAACAAAUUUUGCACACAAUUAUUAUUAUAUUAUAAUUCAUUUAUGAUUUAGAAUAUAUAAUAUAUACUUAAAAUUCUAAUAAGUAAAAGUAAAAUUUAGCUUUGAUAAUUCUUCAAUUCGCUAAUAAAUUUAGUUUAUAUCAUGAAACAAGUUUAAAAAU